CUAUUUUCCGGUUUUACCCCUUGCAUCUUCUUCCUCCCCAAGGCUCCUCUAACAUUUCCAGCAACAUAGGCAGCGUCGUCCUCUCGCCGUCCCCCUCACCUUUCCCAAAUUAGCGCCACUGCCUCCUCCUCCAAUCCCGCCACGUUGCUGCCUCCCGGGAGCGAAGCCGAGCCGCCCGAAUCGGCCACCGCCUCCCGCUUUAUAGCCCGCCCCCCCCCCCCCCCUCCUCCUCCUCCUCCCCUGCGCCCCCGCCGCCUCCCGGUCCGCCGCGUCGCGUGUGGGGAGGGAGAUGGCCGCCUCCGACGCGUGCAGGCGCGGCCUGAUCCUGCACCACCAGCAGUGGCCGCAGCGGUGGCCCGGCCCCAACACCCGCAGCAUCUCGCAGCUCGUCAAGACCAACGGCCGCCGCGCCUUCCUCGUCGACACCCUCGCCCUGGUGAGGAAGCUAGAGUCGCAGGGCGUGCUGACCAAGCAGGCGGAGGCGAUCACCUCCGCGAUCACGGAGGUCCUCAACGACAGCCUCGAAAGCAUCUCCGAGUCCUUCGUAUCCAAGGCCGAGAUGCAGAAGAGUGAGAUGCAGCAGGAGUCCAAUAUCUCCAAGUUCAAGUCGCAAGUGCGGAGCUCGCAGGAAAACCAUUUCUCUUUGUUACAACGGGAGACUGAGAAACUUCGUGGAGAUAUUGAUAAGAUGAGGAGUGAACUGAAGUAUGAGAUUGACAAGGUCACUGCAGGGCAGCGGUUGGAUCUAAACCUUGAAAGAGGGAGUGUAUGGAUAAAAACUGCGUCAUGUGUGUCUACAACAUCUGAUUUAAACACAAUUGCUCCAGGCGCAUACGCGAUGAACUCGCCAAGCAGAACGAGGAAACUACUGAGCUUACCACAAAGCUUGACAAGGAAAUUCACUCACUGAAAGCCCAUUUGGAGGCAGCAAAGUAUGAUGUCAUCAAAUACUGCUUAGGUACCAUCGUUUCGAUAUCAGCCGUUGGACUUGCCGUUCUCCGUAUCGUGAUGUGAAGCAAACACGUUCUUUCGUUUACCUAUUCAUCCAUGGAAACCCGCAAGAAGAGGAUAGGUUCUGAUUCUGUUCCUAGUCUUUUUGGAGGGGACAAAACGUGGUCAGGGGAAACGUCGUAACACCUGGUAGGGAGAAUUUGCUCAAACUUGUAAGAUAGAUCGACCAGCGCAGGAAAUACAGCCGAAAUGAUUCUUCACCUGUGCUCGAGCCUCUUGUCUGCUGAAGCCACUGUUGCACUAACCUCAGUACUGUGGAAUCCUCUAUACUGUGUUGAACCUCAUAUUGCGAUGGAGACAUCUAAACCCAGCAACUUGGGCUUCGUUUUC